AUGGUACAGGUGGUUUUCAAAUGAAAAUUUAAAAUUUACAUCGCAAUGCGUACAGGAACACAGCUAUUGAGGAGUAUUGUUUACAUCGCGAACUACCGGUGUUUACGCAUUUUGAAUUAGGAGAAAACAAUUAUUAAAUCAUUUAUUCGUUAAAAAAAUACUAUUUCAUGUGAAUUUAAAAUGGCUUCAUUCGAACAAUUUGUGCUCAAAGUGAAACCAACACUAGAUAUGUUUCUUCGUGUGCCACACAAAGAACAUUUGGAACGUCUGCGAUACGAACUAUUGCAAUUCAAUUUUAGAGAAAUGAAAAUAUUUCAUGUUCAAAUACUUGCGCCGCUUGUCCUUAAGCUGGAAGAGCUUAACGGUGUUAACCAGGAUCUAAUGUCAUGCGUCCUAGAUUGUAUACGCAUUGUCAUGUCAAAGUUGUAUAUAGAUGAUGUACAAGAGCUGCGCACGUUGUUAGUUAUCGUGUUAAAGCAAAUUCGUGAAUCCGGCGCAACCAAAGUGCGUCCAAAUUUGAGUGAGGAAUUAAAAUUGGUUUCAGUGCAGUGCAUUGGAGAAGCCCUACGUCGUUCCAGUAGCGACGUACUAGAAAUAUUUUAUACAUCAGAAUCAGUAGUACUUCUAGGGCAAAUUCUUUUAUCACUGGUUGAAUUUAUUGAAAAUGAGAAUUAUCGUAAAUUAGUUAUCUCUUCGCUUGAAUGUUUAAUGAUAAUUUUCUAUGUUCAUGAUGAAGCGGAGUUCACUGACGUUGUACUACGAAAUCAAGUGGCAAAUACAGUUUUUAUAUAUAUUCCAAAAAUUGUGACAAUUUUAAUAAAAACUAGUCUGGCCGAUGAGAAAUUAGGAGAAACACUUAAAUCUACCGCCAUUAAAGCCUUAGGACGAAUACUGUGCGUGAUUUUCGAAAAAUCAGAUGAUGUAUUAAUUGAACACAACUAUGACAAAAAGGAGUUUAAAAGCCUUAUAAAUAAAGCGUUACAACAGAAAAGUGAACCACAUAAAUCCGAUUUUGAAAUGGCGAGCCACACAAAAAGACGGGAAGGCAUUGAACAACUUUUAGAGGAAAUGCGGAGCAGUGGACGCACUAAACAGUGGUUCGAAGAGACUUCAAGGGCCUUACGCGCAGUUUACACACGAGCAAGUGUUUUCCGCUCGCAUGAUUCCGUGCGCAUACGCACUGAGUAUGCCCGUAUGUGUUGCACACUAAUGGAGCGUUGCGCUUAUAACCUUGGAGAAAACUAUUUAAAUUUGCUAGAAAAUGUUGUAGCGAUGUCAGAGGAUGAGGACAAACAUAUAAGCAAAAUGUGCACCACAACAUUAUCACAACUCCAACUAUUGGGCAAUGCUAAUGAAAGCUUAUUCGACGAGUAUGCAGACAUAUUAUUUGAUGAACAUCUUGCUAAAAUGCCACGCAUAAUCAGUCGUAGCAUAGAUGCCGAACAAUAUGCUGAAUUGAUCUCCUUAAAAGGUUUCCUUAAGAACUUGAGCAUAUCGCGAAUGAAUUGCUUGCUUUUGGUGCCAAAAAAUUUAGAAAUGCUCUGUAGAUGCCUAAUUUCAGCAGUGGAUAUGAAAUUAUAUCGUGAUUUGCUAACUGAAGAGUAUGCAAUACGAGAAGUUGUACUGGCUGAUUAUGCCGAAAGUGCCAAGCUUGGUUGGCGGCAAUAUAAACAUUUAAGUAGCGCACGUUGCGUAAGCUUAGUUAAAGAUAUUUGUGUAAUUUUGGGUAACACAAAAGGAAUUAAUCGUUUGGUGUACGAUUUUCUCUUAGAAUUAUUAACACAAAAUCACGAAACUAUGAAUGAAAUAUUUUUAAUAAUGCUUUGGAUAGGUACAGGCGUGGAACGCCGAAAACACAUGAAUUACGCCGAACUAGUCGAAAUUUUGCUUGAAGAAAUACUCGAUGAGAAACACUGGCACUUAGCAUUACGUCCAGACGCAAGUUGGCGACUCAAAGUGGAUAAACCAACGGACUGGUUUGUAGACAAAACUCCCGGCUUAUAUGAAUCGGCGAUAGAAAUUCGUACACAAAAUGUGGAUUCCGAUGAUGAAAAUGAUUUCAAUGAAGUCAACAAAUCACAACGUGUCACGAUUUUGGAUGCUGAAUUCAAUGUAUUACAUACCUGUAUAGCUUUGGAUGUGUUGGGGCAUUGUGCGACUUAUUAUGGUGACAGGUUCGACCGCUACAUAUUCCGUUGCUUGCAUAAAGUGCUUCUGAAAGUGUCUUGUAGUAAUACAAUGGUUUAUCAGGCGGCCAAUUUUUGCUUGGUUUCCAUACAGAAAGCGCUGAAAUUUGCCGAAGUCACACAUUUGAUUGAGACACAUACGGAUUAUCUCAAUUAUCAUUUGAAUACAAUUUUAAAGCGGUCACCGGAAAGUCAUGCCGCCGUCGACAUACUGACCGUUGUUUUACAGCUGAGUACUCGCCGCGCUUUACCACAUUUGGAAAACAUUUUCCAAACAAUAUACAAUGAAUGCAGUAAAUCUCAGCAAUCGGAAAAUAUCAAUGCAUAUUUACGGGUGUUCAAUGCAUUUCUAAAACAUGUUGCCCGCUGGCAGGCGACAAGUAACGCCGAAGUUGCCGCUAUACCAAUGCAAAUUGAGCAGGCGCAAGAAGAAGAUCUACUACAAGAUUGGCUCGAUUUAUUAGAAAAACCGUCAACAUUUAUUGAAAAUGAAGAGGCAAAUGUUGAGGGUGAAACCAAUAGCAAAACGCCAACAGACAGUACAGAAGAUGUUGAAAUGAAUGAAAUGAAAACUGAGGAGUUUGAGGCGGCGCAAGAGGGCGAGGAUGUGAAACCACCACUACCACGUUACAUUCAGAUGGUCAAGGAUAUAAUAACACAGGUGUUAAAGUUCGUCAGCUUUGCUGAUAAAACACAUCAGAUACUUGCGCUCGAGUGUUUGAUUUCUUGUGUGCCAUUACUACACGACUAUGAGGAUGAACUCUUGCCACUGGUGCAUCUGAUGUGGUCGCCAUUAGUGGAGAAAUUUCGUAACAACGAUGCUGUUGUUUUGAAUCGUUGCUUCACGCUGCUUAAUGUGCUUGCCACGCACGCAAAGGAGUUUAUUUUGAAGCGCAGCUUAGAUGAUGUGAUACCCAGCUUGAAGGAGUUCUUAAGAAAGGCAUCUAAGACAAGCACGACAGAGACAAUUGCCGCCCACACGCAAGAAUAUAAGCUUCAGUUGAUUUUGCUAGAAAAUUUUGCUAAUCUUAUCGCAUGUCUACAAAUCGAUGGCAAACAUGUGUAUGAAAUUGCCGAAACCAUUUCGUUAUACUUAGCCAAAGAGCAGCCUUGUGAAUUGCAAGAAUUGGCAGUACAGUUUUAUUUAAAACUACAUCAAUACAACGGACCACUCUCCUAUAUUACUGUGCUAAAGAAAGCGCAUAUUGGUAGCUAUAAGGAUAAUGCGGAGAAAGUGUUGACGAAUAUUUUUAAAAGUUGCAUUUAAUUGUAUUUACGUUAUAUAUAAGCAAUUAAUUUUUAAAUCAGCUAUA